AUGGCUGAGCCACAAGGCGGUGGUGCUGAAGGAAGCAGGCGUAGAAGCACUAGUGCCGCAAGGCGUGGCGCGGCGGCGCCAACGCAAGAGGGAGCGACGCCGCCAUCUCCGAGUAGUCCAUGCGGCGCUUGCAAGUUCUUGAGGAGGAAGUGUGUUGCAGGGUGCAUCUUUGCACCCCACUUUAGCUCGGACCAAGGUGCCGCUAAGUUUGCGGCGGUUCACAAGGUGUUUGGUGCUAGCAAUGUGUCGAAGCUUUUGUUGCAUGUUCCGGCACACCGCCGCAAUGAAGCGGUGGCGACUAUUUGUUACGAGGCUCAGGCAAGGCUAUCUGAUCCGGUUUAUGGUUGUGUGUCCACCAUUCUCUCUUUGCAACAACAGGUGGCAUCUUUGCAAGCAGAGGUGGCUAUGACUCAAACUCAAGUGAUGAAUGGAAGGAUUGCAUAUGCAAGUGUUCUUGACACCACCCAGCAGCAGCAGCAGCAACAGCAACAACAAGCACUACAGCAUCACCACCCAAACAUGAUCAACACUCUGGGGCUGUAUCCGGCAUUCUCAAACAGCUCAUCUGCCUCCACAACCAACCUUAUGAACAUCACCAACUUCAACCCUGCUACCGGUGGUUUCGACCUCUCAAUGGAGGCGGCAACAGCACCCUCAUCGUCUCACAGCAUUCAUCCACUUCAUCAUAAUAGCAAUUUCUCUCGCUUGUCUCAAUAUGAUGAUGAUGAUGAACAAGAAAGCAAGAUUCCUCCGGUCUUUAACCCUGAUCUGUAG